AUGAGAUUUGGACUAACUUGGCAUGAAAACAAUAGAACCGGAGCGACAGGAUAUGUCGGCGGCGAGGUUUUGCAUCGCAUCGUCGCUUCGGCGACCUCAAAACAUCAGAUUGCCUGCCUCGUGCGGGAUGCCGAGAAAGAACUGGUAGUCCGCAAAGCAUUUCCAGACGUCCGCGUUGUUCGGGGCGACCUCGAUGAUACUAGUCUCAUCGAAACAGAAUCCAGAAACGCCGAUAUCGUCUUCCAUCUCGCCAGUACAAACCACGACAGAAGCGCCGCGGCUAUCACCAAAGGGCUAGGCGAUGCAAGUCGGUCAAGUCCUGGUUACUGGAUACAGAUAUCGGGAGCAUCAAUGUUCUCGGGUCCGGACAUCAAGGAGGGUAGAUAUGGAGAACCGGGCUCCAAAAUCUACGACGAUCUCAAAGACACUGUUGAGAUUCGCUCAAUCAUCACAGAGAACCCUAAGCGCGUUGUGGACAACCUCGUCCUUGCACAGGACCCUUCGAAGAUUAAGACAGCUCUUGUUGUCGGCCCGCUAAUCUACGGAGUGGGCAGAGGGCCGGUGAAUACACGUAGUAUCCAGGCUCCAGAGAUUGCAAGAAUCACCCUGCAGCAACGUCAAGGCUUCCGCCUCGGUGCUGGACUGAGCUGCUGGAGCAACAUCCACAGCCAUGACCUUAGCUCUCUCUUCCUUGCGCUGCUAGAUGCCGCAGUCGACGGCAGGUCAGGUCUGUGGAAUGAGGACGGGAUCUAUUUGCCAGAAAACGGGAAGAUGGCUUUUGGCGAACUCUCUGCCCAAAUCGCCAAGGAAGCACACGCUCAAGGGUUCCUUGAUACAGCAUCCGUCGACAGAACUAUCGAUGCCGAUGAAGCCAACCGCCUGAGUCCUCACGGUGCUGUCCUUUGGGGUACUAAUGCAAUGCUUUCGUCGUCAAGAGCACGUGCAAAUCUUAAGUGGCACCCAUCAGAACCAAGUCUAGAGGAUGAGAUCCCUGCAAUAGUUCAUGAUGAGGCAGUCCGGCUCGGACCUGCUCGCACGGAGUAG